CGCGCUCCCGGCUCGCUGCAAGCUCCGGCCGGCACUUUCCUCCUAAGUUGCAGUUUAAGUUCGCCGCUGGCGGCGGCGGUGGCGGCGCGGGCGCUCGAAGCCUCCCUCGUCCUCGGCCGGCCGGUGCUCCCCGGAGUGCAUGGGCGCGGGCCGGGCGGGCCCGGGGGGCUGAGCGGGGAGCCGUCUCCGCGUCCCGCGCCAUGGAGGGUGCCGAGUCCCGCGCGCGGCCCGAGCGCCUGGCCGAGGCCGAGGUGCGGGCGGCCGACGGCGGUCGCCUGGUGGAGGUGCAGCUGAGCGGCGGCGCCCCGUGGGGCUUCACCCUGAAGGGCGGCCGCGAGCACGGAGAGCCGCUGGUCAUCACCAAGAUUGAAGAAGGAAGUAAAGCCGCUGCAGUGGACAAGUUGCUGGCUGGAGACGAGAUCGUGGGCAUCAAUGACAUUGGUCUCUCAGGGUUUAGACAGGAAGCCAUUUGCCUGGUGAAGGGGUCUCAUAAGACCCUGAAGCUGGUAGUGAAAAGGAGGAAUGAGCUGAGCUGGAGGCCUCACUCCUGGCACGCCACCAAGUUCUCCGACAGCCACCUCGACACGUCGGCAUCUCCGUUCCCCUCGGCCAGAGCCUGCCCCGCCUGGCGCAGCCGGCACCACGUGAGUUGUUCUUCCCAUGACCUGUCGGGCGCAUGGGAGCAGACGAAUCUGCAGCGCACAUCUGACCAUUUCAGCUCCCUGGGGAGCAUGGACAGACUGGACCACGCCCCCCAGCCCCACGCCUCUGGACGCCUUUCAGCCGCCAAGUCCAGUAGCAGCAUCGACCACCUGGGCGGCCACAACAAGUGGGACUCGGCUUACGGCUCAUUUUCCACUAGCUCCGGCACACCGGACCUCACCUUGCCCAAGGUCGAUGGCUCCUGCGAGAACAUCCUCUACAAAGUAGGCUUUUGGGAGGCCUCCAAGGCAGGCGGCGCCCAGCAGGGCCCGGCCCCCAGUGACCCUCAGGGCCUGGAGGAAAGGCUGGGGAAUUUCCCAGCCAGGGUAGAAGUCCCAGAGCCGGAGGGCAGCCCUGAGCCCAAGCUGGCCACUUCUGGGAGGUCUAGUUUCGGGCCUGUCUGGUAUGUUCCAGAUAAGAAGAAAGCCCCUUCUUCCCCUCCUCCACCUGCAUCUCCUCUCCACAGCGAUAGCUUCGCGGCCACUAAGAGCCAUGAGAAGACCCAGGGCUCUCCGUCCUCAGAGGUGGCCAACGUGCAGCACUUUCCAGGCCUGACCCAGGCCCAGCCCCGGGGUGCCUGCAGGCUGCAGCCCACUGGGCAGCAGUGGAGACCUGCACACCCCAACAGCGGGAGGAGAGUGACUGUACCCGGACUGGGCAGCCUCCCAGUGGUCCCUGGCCAGCUCCAGGCCUCUCUGUCCAACACGGAUGUGCGUUGUCCACCAUUGUCUCCUGGGUCCCAGCAUGCACACCAGCACAGUGAUGAGAGCCCCUUCUCUCAUGAGGGUGCUGGGCCUGCCAUGUCACUGAGGGAGCAGCCAUGUGUCGCCCUUACUGGGGGCGGUCAGGAGCUUCCCAUUGACUGCUUGCAGGGUGACGACCCCACUCUGGUCCGGUGGCCCAGCGCUGCCGACCAGGAAGGGGACAGCAGUGGACAUAGCCCCUACUAUUGGGUGACCUCUAGACAGGGCCUUCAGGGAGCCACACAGGCCACACAGCUCCACGAGGAACAGUGGCCUCAUGACGUGGCCCUGGGCACCCAUGAUGGCGACAGGGCUGACCCAGGGAAUGGAGGUGCAGAGGGCUGCUUUGUGGGCAUCGAAGAGCCCCAAAAAGCCGGCCCUGGGAACAAGACAAUCUCAGAUGGCGUCACGUGGGCUGAUGGAGGCGGCAGCAGGAUCUCUCCUUGCAACACACCCCUGUUGCACUCGCUGGCCCAAGGAGGGUCGGGCCGGCCUGAGAACGGCCCCGAUGGUGGCCCAGAGAGGCCGCUGCUCGCCGGCCCGGCGGGCAAGCCCAUGCGGAGAAGCGACCGUUUCGCCACCACGCUGACGAAUGAGAUCCAGAUGCGGCGGGCCCAGCUGCAGAAAAGCAAGAGCGCAGUGACGCGGGCUGGGACCAGCGACGUGGGGGAGGACGCUGGCUGCUGGGCGGCGGACCUGGGGGGCACCACGGGUGCCACCCUAGAUGGUUUCCCGGGUACCUACAGAGACCACCUGAAGGAGGCCCAAGCCCGGGUCCUGCGGGCCACGUCGUUUAAGCGCCGUGACUUGGGACCCAGCCCAGUGCACCAUGGCGUGGGGUCCCCGGAACACAGGGCCGGGGACCACAGUGCAGAUCUGGACAUUGUCCCCCACUUUCGGGAGACAGGCCUGGCCAAGCCAGUGGCGUGUGGAGGUGGUGGCUCGCACAUGCCCCGCAUCGGAGGCCGCAGGCGGUUCACAGCGGAGCAGAAACUGAAGUCGUACUCUGAGCCAGAGAAAAUGAAUGAGGUGGGGCUCUCAGGGGAGUACUGCCCCCACCAGCACCCCAGUCCUCCUGGGGAGACUGUGGGCACGUUUGCCGACAGGUGGAAGUUUUUUGAGGAGACGAGCAAAUGCGUUCCCCCGAGGCCUAGGCUGAGGCAGGUGCCCCACGGGUUCCCCAGCAAUAAGCUGGGGCAGAUGGUAGGCCCUGGGUGCGGGGGCGCAGAGGUGGGGCUGCAGUGGAGGGCCCACACAGCCUCCUGUGGGGAGAACGCCCGUGGGCAGGGCAUAGCCGGGAAAUUGGGACCAUCUCAGAGACUCGGCACGUUUGCUGAGCACCAGGCCUCUUGGGGGGACCAGAGGACAGCCCUGGAAGCCAGGGGGUCUGGGAGGUAUCACUCGGCAGAUGACAUCCUGGAUGUGGGUCUGGACCAACACGAGAGGCCGCCGUACCUUCACGAGAGGUCCCGGUCAUCACCAUCCACAGACAUCUACAGACAGGAAGCCUCGGCCGAACCGCAAUGGCAGGCAGAGGGCCCUGGUGAGCGCCGAGAACGUUCUGCAUUCCGGGCCGAGGAGGGACGUCACACUCCAAGACAGGCAGAUGCCCACUGUCGAGAAGACCGACCAGGAGCACAGUGGGACCCAUGGAACCUGUCCCAGGUCUCUGAGCUGCCUCAGGCCCAGCAAACUCCAGAGGUGCCCCUGGAGGGCCGGGGCCGAGCGGGGACCUUACCUCGCGAUUACAGAUACUCUGAGGACAAGGCGCCUGCUGAGCUGCGGAGGCUGCCCAGCCUGGGACCACAGGCACCGAGCACCCCUUUGGCCCUGAACACCCGGGGGCAGGACCCACGGCCCGUGAGCCCCACGCUGCUCAGCAAGAGGCCAGCCCCCCGCAGGCCGCCGCCUCCUACGCGGGAGCCAGGGCAGUGCUGGGGCCCGGCUGGCCCUGUACCUGCGGUCACGCACCCGGGUGCCCCCAGCAGGCCCCUCCCUGCACUGGCGUCUGGGACCCUGCAGGGGUGUGCAGACCGACUGUCCCUCUCCCUCAGCCCCUGUGCCUCGGCAGAGCCCAGCAGCAUCCAGCCUGUGGAUGGUCCGGAGGCUGCGGCCGAGCCCAACGGGCACCAUGUAGAUGAGCCGGCGGCCUGUCCUAAGCGGGAAACCCUGCUUCCUUCCAAGUUCCAGCCCCUACAGACAUCCGCGAUGGAGACCUCUCGCUCCCCUUCUCCUCAGUUUGCCCCCCAGAAGCUGACAGACAAACCUCCCCUCCUCAUCCAGGAUGACAGCCCCACAAGAAUCGAGCGGGUGAUCGGUAGCAACACCACAGUGAAGAUGGUGCCCAUCAAGAUCGUGCAUGCGGAGAGCCAGCCCGAAAAGGAGAGCCGCCAGGGCCUGGCCUGCACUGCUGAGCCACCCGCACUGCCUAGCGGGCUGGACAAAGACCCCAUCAAGUCGCUCAAUGCACCGGAGCAGGCCUACUCGCGGUUCUGCCUGUACAGCCGCCGGGACGCCGGGCCCGAGUCCCCGCUCCCCACCAAGGACAGCCCGGUCUCACCGCCCAGGCUCGGCUCCGCAAAGGCCAGAGAGAGUCUGGCCGAAGACCUCAAGUCAGAGGAGCUGGCCCGGGAAAUUGUGGGGAAGGAUAAGUCGCUGGCCGAUAUCCUGGACCCCGGGGGGAAGAUCAAAACCACCAUGGAUCUGAUGGAGGGGAUCUUCCCCAAAGAUGAGCACCUCCUGGAAGAGGCUCAGCAGCGGAGGAAGCUGCUCCCCAAAGUCCCCUCUCCUAGAGCUGCAGAGGACACGAAAGAGGAGCCAAGCACACCGGCAGCCAUGUCCCUGGCCACCAGCUCCACCUACUACAGCACGUCGGCCCCCAAGGCGGAGCUGCUGAUCAAGAUGAAGGACCUGCGGGAGCAGCAGGAGGCUGAGGAGGACUCAGGGACUGACCUGGACCACAACCUGUCAGUGAAGAAGCAGGAGCUCAUCGAGAGCAUCAGUCGCAAGCUGCGAGUGCUCCAGGACGCCCGGGAGAGCCUGCUGGAGGACAUCCGGGCCAACAGCGUGCUCGGGGACGAGGUGGAGGCCAUCGCCAAAGAUGUCUGCAAACCCAAUGAGUUUGACAAGUUCCGGAUGUUCAUCGGGGACCUGGACAAAGUGGUGAACCUCCUGCUGUCGCUCUCUGGCCGCCUGGCCCGGGUGGAAAACGCCCUCAAUAAUUUGGACGACGGCACCUCUCCUGGUGAUCGGCAAUCUCUGCUUGAGAAGCAGCGCGUCCUCAUCCAGCAGCACGAGGACGCCAAGGAACUCAAGGAGAACCUAGACCGCCGGGAGCGCGUCGUGUUUGACAUCCUGGCCAGCUAUCUCAGUGAGGAGAGCCUGGCGGACUAUGAGCAUUUCGUGAAAAUGAAGUCAGCCCUCAUCAUCGAGCAGCGGGAGCUGGAAGAUAAAAUACACUUGGGCGAAGAGCAGCUGAAGUGCUUGUUCGACAGCCUUCAUCCCACAGGAGGCAAAUAAGAGGGGCCCUCCCUGGUGGAGGAUGCAAACAGGGCUUUUGAGCUCCGUUCCCCAUGAUGCAUGUGAAAGCUGCAGCCUGUGUUGCUGUCCUGUGGGGAGACACCUGCCAUUGCAAAAUGGCUGUUAGCAAAGCAAUAGAUUCUUAUUGGGGGGGAUGAUUUAUUUAAUUUUAUCAUUUCCCUUUUGAACGCUGAGCAGAACGUCUCACCAUUAGCCAUUUCACUUUGCAAGUGGCCACACUGGCAUGAUGCUCGGCUGAGGGGAUACCCUGACCGUACAGACAGUGGGCUCCAGUCCCAGAGUGCAUGCAAGUGGUCACUCAGUGGGCGCUCUGCCAGGCCUCACGUCUCCACAUGCUGCACCAGCUGUUCGGGAAGCAGCUGAAUGUUCCAAGUGCAUGAGGGGGAAAUCCUGGUGCAUAUCUUCACUUGUGGUUCCUCCAAGGCGUGGGCUUCCAUGUUUUAUCCGUCUGUCCAGUGGUAUUGAGCAUUUGUGUGUAUAAUGUAACGGUGUCCUCUGACCCAGUGAAAACCACAAUGAUGAUGAUGAUGAAUUAUUAACAUUUUGGAAAGGUGAAUAGUUCCCAAGUGGUUAUAAACCAACUUUGAAAUGAAUAACCUUCGUAUUGGGUGCCCUUGUUCUAAAAUUACCACUUAAAACAAUAGUGUGCAUGCUUUCAGACACACUCAUGCACCAAGCAGAUAGCUUGAGUACUUCUCACCUGACAUCAUGGUUCACAUCAAUGUUUCCUGCAAUGUGAAAUUACUUGGUUAAAAGUGUGUCUAGUAGUAAUGUGCUUGCUAAGUAUUUGUUUCAACUGCCUUUUUGUUAAAUCAGUCUUUCCCUAGAACAUUGAUCUUGUAUGCACAUGAUCAUUAAUGAUAAUUGGCUACUUUCCACUCUUUGCCUCCUUAAAUCUAUUACUAUGCCACGAGGAUCACAUUCCAUUGACUGUCAAACCCUUCCUCUGGUUUUUCAGGGGUCCCAUGGACUAUAUAAAACGUGAUCUUUUUCUGCCACGGAAUUACAGACUCUGUGCACAUUUUAUGGGUUGAAAUCACAAGAUGAUAAAGAGAGUCAAACUCUGACAACUCAACAGAGAACAGAUAGCCCAAUUAAAAUGUGGGCCAAAGACUUAAAUAGACACUUCACCAAAGAGGAUGUAUGCAUGGCAAAUAGGCACACGAAAAGAUCUUCAGUGGCUGGAUUAUAACUUAUUUUUAUCUGAAUUGUCGUAGAACUGGUGUAUAUCUUCCCAAAUACUCAUCUGAUUAAAUGCAUGGUUAAUGGCAGGCGAACCCCUCGGGUGAUUUCGUGUUGAGGUGGUCUGUGGACAGUUGACCAAGAGAUCACUGAAAUCCUCAUCGCCCCUUGUUCCCACAAGACUUUUCCCACAGGUGGUGAGACAUCCCUUUGUCAGGAGUGACUGCCGCCUUACCAGAACACCUGUGGUCAAAGUGUCUCAAAGGACAGUCAUCUGCACCUCAUGAGCCAGAGUGGGCGAGCUAGACCUCUGAGCCGCGGUGCUGGGUCGACGCACUCCGUUGUGGGGUGCAAACUGGCGGCUGCAGGAAGGGGCAGGCAGUAAGCACUCUGGCAACCUGCCCACGCCCAGGGCACGACACUUCCAUUCCAACUAAGAUGUUUCUGGCUUGAAGAACUCCUGUUCUGGCAGUGAAGUGUCCUCCUUUCCACCUGGUGUAGCCAUGUGCUGUCGAAAGCCAGUCCCAUCAGAAAAGAUGAAGCUGGCUUUCCGCCAACCUCCAUCUUUCUCGCUCAGGGAGACAGCCGCAGUGUUGCAGUGUCCUUUCAACUUAGACAAUGCUUUUCUCUGUGAUUCUGUCCCCUCGUAUGCAGUACUAUGGUCAUCUUGAUAAUGUAGGUAAAAUGUGAAUAAUGGAAUGUGUGUGUCUGUGUCCAGCCUUUGGGCAUCUUUUGAGGACUGUCAUGCACAGCAGUACAUGCUGCUGUUUUAUGCUUUUGGCAAAGCACACGUAAUCACACAGUCCUGUCCAUCCCCCAUUUGCCUCUUCAGUGUCCAGUUAGCAGGGACCCACAGAUUGCAGUGAGUCUGUGUACAGAACUGUGUAUAUAGCCAUGUGGUUGCACAGACAGUUUGGUGCUAAUGUUUUGCUCUUAGCGUUGUGAGGUGAUGGCGGAUCACUCACCCUCUGUCGUAGCUCAGCUGUGGAAUGCUCUGUGUAGUGAGAUGUCAGGCUUAUGGACUGUGGCUUUUGUCCUGCACUUCGCCGUGGAAAAUGUGUACAGAUCUCAUGUUCCACCAUCACCACUUACCUCUCAACAUAUCCCGCUUGACUCUAACAAAAUAAAAGGUGUCUGAGUGAAUGGA